GUUCACCUUUACCGUGACCUUCCCAGCUCCCUGCUGGAAGAUGAGUCCUGAGAAAUCCAGCCUUGGCUUUGCUCCAGAGAUGCCCUACAGGUUGCAGGGAGUCCAUCGUUCAUUCCCCAACCGCCACAAACCAUUCUAUCUAUUCCAGCAGCCUUUAUAACAAGUGCUGUGUGGGUUCUGUUCUUGUAAAACACACAUGAAGAGAGGGAUCAGGUGGACCGUACAGACGUCAGACUUAAUGGGUGUCCAAAUUAAUAUGAAUGCUCCAGCUCCGUGCAGCAGGGUCUGGUGCAGAGUCAAAUUGGGUACAUGUCCAGUGGAUUUAAAGUGGGCCCUGCUGUUUUGUCGAGAGUAACCCAAAUGGAUGGCCGCGUUGUAGUAAGCACAGGUGUGCGUGUGCUAGCAUACAGUGAUUAAUGCCUUCUUGUUGGUUUUCAUUUCUCAUUAGGAAAACUUAGCGCGACUGCAGAGGGCCUUUGCGAGGAAGUGGGAAUUCAUCUUUAUGCAAGCAGAAGCACAAGUAAAGAUUGAUCGCAAAAAGGACAAGACAGAAAGGAAAAUCUUAGAUAGUCAAGAACGGGCCUUUUGGGACGUCCACAGGCCAGUGCCAGGCUGUGUGAACACAACAGAAAUGGAUAUCAGAAAAUGUCGACGUUUGAAGAAUCCGCAAAAGGUUAAAAAGUCGGUGUACGGUGUGACUGAGGAGUCCCAGUCUCAGAGCCCCGUGCACGUCCUCAGCCAGCCCAUCAGGAAGACCACGAAAGAGGACAUCCGGAAACAGAUUACAUUUUUGAAUGCACAGAUUGACAGACAUUGUUUGAAAAUGUCCAAAGUGGCUGAAAGCUUAAUUGCGUACACGGAACAGUAUGUGGAAUAUGAUCCUUUGAUAACACCAGCUGAGCCAUCCAAUCCUUGGAUCAGCGACGAUGUCACUUUGUGGGACAUAGAAAUGAGCAAAGAGCCCAGCCAGCAGCGAGUAAAAAGAUGGGGCUUCUCUUUCGACGAGAUAUUGAAAGACCAGGUGGGGCGGGACCAGUUCCUACGAUUCCUGGAGUCCGAGUUCAGUUCCGAAAACCUCAGGUUCUGGCUGGCUGUCCAAGAUCUCAAGAAACAACCCCUACAGGAUGUGGCCAAGAGGGUGGAAGAAAUCUGGCAAGAGUUUCUGGCCCCAGGGGCCCCAAGUGCAAUCAACCUGGAUUCUCACAGCUACGAGAUAACCAGUCAAAAUGUCAAAGACGGAGGGAGAUACACAUUUGAAGAUGCCCAGGAGCACAUCUACAAACUGAUGAAAAGUGACAGCUAUGCCCGCUUCCUCCGGUCAAAUGCUUACCAGGACUUGCUGCUGGCCAAGAAGAAGCCAGAAAGUGAGCAAGGUCGUAGAACUUCCCUAGAAAAAUUCACUCGCAGUGUGGGUGAAUUUGCAAGCGAGCCAGCGGCUCCCUCUGCAGAAGGUGCACACGUGACCGCCCAGCCUCGGGCCUGGGCACUGGAUCUUCUGUGCGGGGCUGUGCGGAGGAAGGACGCUGCUUGCCCUCGGGCCGCGCGGUUUGUGCAUCUUCUGCAGCAGCCCGGGGAGAAGGCCAUCGAACCAUGCCAUGAAAUAAAUUGGCUGAGAAUCAUAACUCAUUCUAAAAAACCAAACCAAAACAAAAAGCCAAAUCUCCCCCUGUGAACUCUGGCGGUCACACCGGUGCAGGGCGCGAGCUGAUGUUGCUGUGUCCGCGGCUUUUGCUGUGCGCAGGAAGCGGCCGUGCUGCAUGGGUCCUGGCGGCGUGGUCUCGCUGGCGUGUGUUAGUCGCCUCUGCAUGAGCCCCCGUGUCCCGCCCAGCCCCGGGCAGCCUCACACGCUCAGUGCGGCAGGGAGAGGAGGGCGGUAGCAGAAUCCCAGCAGUGUCCCCAGACUCCUCACCCAGUUCCUGAGGAAAGACAGGCUACACGUUCCUACAGCUUCCCUGUUCUUGUAGGCGAGUGGCUUUCCCCCACGAGCACCCACUUAGAGAGUGGUAGGGCCCACAGUGGCACGUAAGGAGACCCCCAGUAACAGGUGGGAGCAGGGAAUGAGUGACUGUUCCCUGUGGCACAUGGUGGAGACUUCUACUGUGGUCUGCAGGACAGCAGAGACUCGUCUCCUCUUUCCACGCUGUUCUCUCUGCUUUGAGCAGAGCUCCGAGCACAGGCAAUACUCAAUCCCGCUCAUUCCCUGACUCAUCACAAGCUGCUAACACCAGGCCAGAGGGUGCCAAGGUGGCGGCCAGAGAGUAGGAGUCGCACACAGGGAACUGUCCACAUUUCCCUUUUCCAAGGGAGAAGCCCAUGGCUGCAGACUUGUUUUGUUUUUGUUUUAUUUUGUUUUGUUUUUGCCUCUGUUGAAGAGGAAAGUCCUUGUAAAACUUGACUACUGUAUGAUUAGCAUCCUUAUUUCAUCCUUUUAGCACAAAUUCUAAGAAUCCUGGGUUAAAAGCAACCUAGUCAUUUGCCUGCCAGGGCUGGAUGCAUUUUAAGUGCAUUUAAACAUUAUUUUGAAUUCACUAGGUGUAGACAUCGCAGUAACUCUAGUAGGUGGCAGUUAAAGUCUCGGUACUCAUCCUUUUCUUCUUUGGUCCUCCCUCUCUGUGGCUUUUCCUCGUAAGAAAUCAGAACAUGCCGAAUGCAAGGCCUGCUGGUCCCGUGUGUGUGACUCCGUGGCUGGGUUGCCAUGGCCACGUGGCUUCACACACCAGGAAAGUGCCACAGGCUGUCAGAAGCAAGGCCUGUGGGACAUCCUCCACCGACAAUGGCUCGAUAGAAAGUGGGGAGAUCCCACCUCUCUCUCUCUC